GGUUAUAAUGGGUGUGUUCACUUAUGAAAUGGAGGUGGUUACAAAAAUCCCCCCAACUAAGAUAUUCAAGGCCUUUGUCCUUGAAGGUGACAGUCUCAUCCCCAAGAUCGUGCCACAGGCCAUUAAGAAUGUUGAAUUCAUUCAAGGAGAUGGAGGGCCAGGCAGUAUCAAGAAAAUUACUUUUGGCGAAGGAAGCCAAUUUGACUAUGUGAAGCAUAAGGUUGAAGCAUUAGACAAAAAGAAUUUGACCUACAGUUACAGUGUGAUUGAGGGUGAUGCACUGAUGAAAUCACUUGAAAAAAUCACUUAUGAGAUCAAGAUAUCAUCUUCUCCAGACGGUGGAUCCAUCUGCAAAAGCAUCAGCAAGUACUAUACCGUUGGCGACUUUGAGAUCAAGGAAGAGCAAAUCAAAGCUGGCAAAGAAAAGUCUUCAGGAUUGUUCAAGGCCCUUGAAGCCUACCUUUUGGCAAAUCCUGAUGCCUAA